UCCCCCUCUUCCUCCUCCCUCUCCAUCCCCCUCUUCCCCCUCCUCUUCCUCCUUCCCCUUCAUCCCCCUCUUCCUCCUUCCCCUUCAUCCCCUUCAUCCCCCUCUUCCCCCUCCUCUCCUUUCCCCUUCAUCCCCCUCUUCUCUGGGCCGGGCACUCACCCCCACCCCCCACUCUCCUUGUGUCUCCCCGCAGGCUGCCUUCUCCUCCCCGGGGUCGCUGCCCCUGCCGGGGCCGGGCGCCGGCGGCGGCUCCCCGGGGCGCGGCGCUGCCCUGCCGGCCCCGGGCGGCGGCGGGCUCCGGCUGGAGGCGGUGAUGGAGAAUCUGCAGCGGCAGCAGGCGGCGCGGCUGGCCCGGGUGGAGGAGAAGCUGCGGCGGGGGCAGGCGGAGCCCGGCCCGGGGCAGCUGCGCUCCGUGGUGGGGAGCCGCGUCCAGCAGCAGGCGCUGGCCAUCCAGCACUACCAGGCGGCGGUGCGCUGCGGGCUGGCCCCCCGCGGCCGCCUGGGGGGCUCCCCGCCGGGACCCGGCGCCCCGGACCACGAGGAGGAGGAGGAGGAGGAGGAGGACCUGGAGGAAGAGGCGGGGGCGGCCCGGUACCCGCCGCGCUCCCCCAGCGCCCCGCAGCAGCGCCCGGAGCCCGCCCGCUCGCUCUCCCCGCCCCGCCAGCCACCGCCCCAGCACCACGAGUGGACCUACGAGGAGCAGUUCAAGCAGCUCUACGAACUGGACGACGAUCCCAAGCGGAAGGAGUUUCUGGACGACCUCUUUGGCUUCAUGCAGAAGAGAGGGACUCCAGUGAACCGAAUCCCCAUCAUGGCCAAGCAGGUGCUGGACCUGUACACGCUGUACCGACUGGUGACCGAGAAGGGCGGCCUGGUCGAAGUGAUCAACAAGAAGAUCUGGCGGGAGAUCACCAAAGGCCUCAACCUCCCCACGUCCAUCACCAGCGCGGCAUUCACUCUCCGCACGCAGUACAUGAAAUACCUGUACCCCUACGAAUGUGAGAAACAAGCCCUCAGCUCCCCCGGCGAGCUCCAGGCCGCCAUCGACAGCAACCGGCGAGAGGGGCGGAGGCAGACCUUUGGGACGGCGCUUUUCAGCUACUCCCCCGUGGGCACCCCAGCCAUGCUGGCCUCCCCGAAGAUCCCCAUGCCGGCCCUCACCGUCUCCACGCACAGCUGCAGCCAGACGAGCCAAGUGCACGCCAUUAAGAAAGAAGACGGCGUCCUGUCCGCGGCGGUGCCCAGCCGCAUCGCCAUCCCCGUCAGCCUGGCAGGGCACCACGUCGCCGCGGCCUCCCAGGCGGCCGCGCUGGAGCAGCUGCGGGAGAAGCUGGAGACGGGGGAGCCGCCCGAGAAGAAGGUGGCGCUGAUGGCGGAGGAGCAGCAGCGGCUGAUGCAACGCGCCCUGCAGCAGAACCUGCUGGCCAUGGCCUCCCAGUUCCCCAGGAACAUCAAGAUCAGCAACCGAGAUGACAGACAGGAGACCGCAUUGAACCUGUCCACCAACGGCAUUAGCAGCAUCAACAUGUCAAUAGAAAUAAAUGGAGUUGUCUACACAGGUGUCCUGUUUGCCCGCAGACCCCUUGGCCCAGGGGCGCCUGGCAGCAACAGCAGCAGGAGCUCCCACGGCCCGUCGAGCCCGGUGCCCGCGCAGAACCAGCGGCUCUCGGCCUCCUCACGCAGUCACACUCCCGCCAGUGCCUCGCCAUGAGGGCGGGAGAGUCGCCGAGGACCCCCCACCCCGCCAGCCCCCCAUCAGCCCCCUCAGAAAUAAAGCAACUUGGAGUCAAAGUCCAGAAUCCCAGGGGAGCACCCGCGACAUGCCUUCUGCAUGCGUGCCCCCCGCCUCUGACGCAGCAAGACCCCUUCUGCCCUGGCCACCUGGGCCACAGGAAUCAGCUGGGGGGGGGCGCUCUGGCUGGGCUGCAGUGGGGUGAGGGGCUCUGGCCGGGCUGCUCUGGCCUGUGGGGCUCUGGCCAGACUAACUGUGGGGUGAGGGCUUCUAGCCGGGCUGCAGUGGGGUGAGGGGCUCUGGCCAGGGUGCAGUGGGGUGAGGGGCUCUGGCCAGGCUGCUGUGGGAUGUGGGGUGAGGGGCUCUGGCCGGGCUGCAGUGGGGUGAGGGGCUCUGGCCAGGCUGCUGUGGGAUGUGGGGUGAGGGGCUCUGGCCAGGGUGCAGUGGGGUGAGGGGCUCUGGCCGGGCUGCUCUGGCCUGUGGGGCUCUGGCCAGACUAACUGUGGGGUGAGGGCCUCUAGCCGGGCUGCAGUGGGGUGAGGGGCUCUGGCCAGGGUGCAGUGGGGUGAGGGGCUCUGGCCAGGCUGCUGUGGGAUGUGGGGUGAGGGGCUCUGGCCGGGCUGCAGUGGGGUGAGGGGCUCUGGCCAGGCUGCUGUGGGAUGUGGGGUGAGGGGCUCUGGCCAGGGUGCAGUGGGGUGAGGGGCUCUGGCCGGGCUGCUCUGGCCUGUGGGGCUCUGGCCAGACUAACUGUGGGGUGAGGGCCUCUAGCCGGGCUGCAGUGGGGUGAGGGGCUCUG